AUGGCGGCAGACACAGCAGCGCACCGAGACCCAUAUAUCAUGUCCCGCGACACAGUGGCGUCUGGCAGGCUGACCGCACAACACUAUCUGAUACUGAGGAGGCUGGGAUGGCUGCUUCACCCGGACAUUGCAGCACGGAUUGGGGGCCUGCGGGGGCUCGAGAUAGCGGAUGUCGCCUGUGGCAAUGCCAUCUGGUCUCUCGAGAUGGCCGUGAAUUAUCCAUAUGCGCGAAUAACGGGCAUCGAUAUAUCCCCGCAACAGUUUCCGCCGCAGUUCACGCUCCCGCAGAAUGUGGCGCUGGAGAUCCACGACAUAUUCCAGCCCAUGCCCGACCGAUAUGUGGGCCGGUUCGACGUUGUCCAUGUCCGGCUGAUCAUGGCGGCGGUUUACUUCCAGGACAAGGACUGGGUCAUGCACAAUAUCGUCAGACUCUUGAAACCAGGCGGGUUCAUUCAGUGGAUCGACGCCACCGUGCCGGUCCUCCGAGCCAUGAGCGACCCACUGAGAUAUCCCGGCGCGUUUCGAGACCCCCCAGCCAUCACGGCGCCUUUGACCAGUCUGUUCUCCCACACAGAAUGGCUACGGCAUCUCGUCACGGAGCUCCAGCGCCACGGGCUCGUCAACCUCCGUCACGUCGACGUGCCUCCCGUACCGUGGCUCUCGAGGCAGGACACCGACAAUGCGAUUUGGGCCUUGACAGAUAUCCACGAGGGCUUGAGGGUCAGAGCACCAAAGGAAGUGUCGGACCUGUUUGGAAGAGCUGUGGGCCAGACCCUCCAAGACAUCCGAGAGGGCAGAGUCUACUAUACCACUUAUUAUACAACCAUUGGUCAGAAACCUGGGUAG